AUGGCAACAUUUAGAGCUUCUUCAUCAAACACAUGGAUCAACACCAAAUCUUCUUCAUCAAUCCAUAAUUUGAGUUCAAAGGGAAAUUCAAGUUCAAGUUCAAUCUCUUUAAAGAAGAAAAGAUCCACCUCCAAAAACACAAUCUCAUGUUCGCUACAAACGACACUCCCUUUCCCAAAAAAGUACCAACCUCAAUCCACAAAUACUACAACAACAACGUUAAUCCCCACAAAAGAAACAAAACCCAAUUUACCCUCCAACACAAAACCAUUACCCAAACAAGAAAACCAAUGGAACCUUCUACAACAAGCCGCAGCCACCGCCCUCGACUUCGUCGAAACAACGUUAAUCAAACAAGAAAGCAAACACCCCCUCCCCAAAACCUCCGACCCACGUGUCCAAAUUGCCGGCAACUUCGCCCCAGUACCGGAACAUCCGGUAACCCAAAAUCUCCCUAUUACAGGCAAAAUCCCAAAAUGCAUUGACGGCGUUUACCUCCGUAACGGCGCAAACCCACUACACGAGCCGGUUGCCGGUCACCACUUCUUCGACGGAGACGGUAUGGUCCACGCCGUUAAAUUCACUAACGGCUCCGUCAGCUACUCCUGCCGCUUCACCGAAACCCACCGUUUGGCCCAAGAAAAAGCCCUGGGCCGGCCCGUUUUCCCUAAAGCCAUAGGUGAACUUCACGGACAUUCCGGUAUAGCCCGUCUCAUGCUAUACUACGCACGUAGCCUCUGUGGGCUCGUCGACGGUACCCACGGAAUGGGCGUCGCAAACGCCGGUUUGGUUUAUUUCAAUAACCGUCUGUUAGCCAUGUCCGAAGAUGACAUCCCUUAUCACGUUCGCGUCAAACCUAACGGAGACUUAACGACCGUUUGCCGUUACGAUUUCAACAACCAACUCAAAUCAACAAUGAUUGCACAUCCAAAAGUUGAUCCUGUUGAUAAAAAUCUCUACGCUCUAAGCUACGACGUCGUUCAAAAGCCUUAUUUGAAAUACUUCCGUUUCAAUUCUAACGGCGUUAAAUCACCGGACGUUGAGAUUCCGUUAGCCGAGCCAACCAUGAUGCAUGAUUUCGCUAUAACUGAGAAUUUCGUGGUUGUUCCCGAUCAACAAGUUGUGUUCAAAUUAGGCGAGAUGAUUCGCGGAGGCUCACCCGUAGUUUACGACAAAGAGAAGGUUUCGCGAUUCGGUGUUCUGUCGAAGAAUGCCGAAAAUGCUUCAGAGAUGAAAUGGAUUGACGCACCAGAGUGCUUCUGUUUUCAUCUCUGGAAUGCUUGGGAGGAGCCUGAAAAUGAUGAAGUUGUUGUUAUUGGAUCAUGCAUGACACCGGCGGAUUCGAUUUUCAACGAAUGCGACGAGAGUUUGAAGAGUGUUUUAUCGGAGAUUCGAUUGAAUUUGAAAACAGGGAAAUCAACCAGAAGAGCCAUUAUCCAAGAAUCGAAACACAUGAAUUUGGAAGCUGGAAUGGUGAACAAGAACAAACUUGGUAGAAAAACACAGUUUGCUUAUCUCGCUCUUGCCGAGCCAUGGCCUAAAGUUUCCGGCUUCGCGAAAGUUGAUCUUUUCAGCGGGGAGGUGAAGAAGUAUCUUUACGGCGAAAACAGAUUCGGCGGGGAGCCUCUGUUUUUGCCUAAUGAGAAUUCUGAGAAUGAAGAUGAUGGUUAUAUUUUGACAUUUGUUCAUGAUGAAAAGGAAUGGAAAUCGGAGAUUCAGAUUGUGAAUGCUAUGAAUUUGAAGAUAGAAGCAUCUAUUCCGCUUCCGUCUCGAGUUCCUUACGGGUUCCAUGGAACUUUCAUACAUUCAAAAGAGUUGGAGAAACAAGAGUGA